AUGAAUUAUGAUGAAAAUUUUAUUCAAAAACAAAGAGCAGUUAAAUUAUGGAUAGAAUAUAUAUUAAAUAUUAAUCUUGGUAAUAACAGCAUAUUCGAUUCACUUCGUGAUGGUACAAUUCUAUGCAAGAUUAUGAAUAAAUUUCACAACAGAAUCGAUUUUAUUCAUUAUAGCGAUAUAGCACCUUUACCAUUUAAACAAAUCGAAAAUAUAAAUCUAUUUUUAAAGAAAUGCAGGUUAUAUGUUCCAAAUGAAUAUUUAUUCAAUACAAAUGACUUGGUAAAUAAUGAAAGAACUGAACUGGUUUUAGAUUGUCUAAUUAAACUAUCAGAGUACUUUGAAAUUCACAGAAUGGUACCAGUUAAUGAAGAAGGAGAAUUUGAAAAUUUUUUAGAUCCAAUAGAAAAUAAUAAUAAUAAUUUAUAUUUUAAUAGUAAUAAUAACGAACAAACAUUUACAGAUGGUAAUGAAAGAGAAAACUAUUUUAGACAACAACAACAACAACAAGAAAGAGAAGAACAAAAUAAUAGUGGUAUAAGCAGUAGUGAUAAUAGUUACCGAGAUGACGAAAAUAAUAGUACUGCUGGUGAAAUAGUUUAUAACAAGAAUUACAAUAUUGCAAAUAACAAUAAUAAAAGAAAAAUCAACAAAAAGAAACUUAUUUUAGAUUGUAUUAUAGAAAUUAAAUAUUCAGUUAUUAUUCCAUUAUUUGUCUCAGUUGCCGCUGGGUUUGGUAUUAAAAUGGGCAGAACCAUGUUUGUAGCAAUAGAAUCUUUUAAUUAUUCAUUAUUUAUUUCAAAUUCAUAUUCCUUUUUAUUGGGUAAGUUAACUUCAAAAUUAGAUGCAAUUCCAAAAUUUAUAAAAUAUGAUCAAAUUAAAGAUUAUUUAUCAAAUUUAAAUUUAAACCUAUCAAAUAAAUAA